AUGACAGCCGGAGGGGACAUAGGGGUCGGUUCCAGACACCCUGUGAAGAUUUUCGCCAAUAUUUUCAUUUCGUUUAUUGGCGCUGGUGUUCUCGGACUGCCUUUCGCUUUUAAGGAGGCUGGCAUCUUAGAAGGGGUCUUUGUGAUGACCACUGUUGGAGUGCUGAGUGUAAAGGCUAUGAUGCUGAUUGUGGACUGUAAGUACAAGCUUCUACAAGACAAAAAAGUGGAAGAACAUCGUGACAGCAAGCACAGAAAAUACAAAGAAAAGGAAGUGAAUGAUGAUGGACUGGCAGAAAAAGUGGAAAUUGUCAACCUACUGAGUGGAGAUCAAGAGAUACUACCACAGACUACAGAAUACAAGCCAGAAAUGUCUUAUGGUGAUGUAGGAUAUUAUGCCCUUGGACAUACAGGAAGGGUUCUUGUUGAUGUAGCCAUUCUAGUUUCUCAGACUGGCUUCUGCUGUGCAUAUUUGAUCUUCAUCACAGAAAAUUUAUCUGACUACAUGCGACACAUGAGACUUAUCCACUGGCUCUUGGUGUUGUUACCACCUCUUUGUCUCAUGACAUUCAUCAGGCACUUGGGUAGUUUAGCCAUCACCAGUUUGAUGGCCCAGUGUUCUAACCUUCUUGCCUUUGCUGUUGUUAUAUGGUUUGAUUUUGAUCAUAUCCACAAAAUAGAGAUCCAUCCAAAGAAAAUGUCCCUCAACGGGUUGCCUUUUUUCCUGGCCAUUUCAAUAUAUUGUUACGAAGGGGCUGGUAUGAUUUUAUCAUUAGAAAGUUCUUUAGCAGAAGAUGUAAGACAUCUAUUUAAAAAGUAUUUUAUUAGUACAAUGGUUAUUGUAACGAGCAUGUAUAUAUCUUUCGGAGCCUGUGGAUAUCUUUCUUUUGGUAAAGAAACCAAUGAAAUAAUUACAUUGAACCUUCCAAAAGGAGAUUCUAUAGACUUUGCGAUGAUUGUCAAGUCAUGUCUGUGCCUUGCUUUAUUCUUUACUUAUCCAGUGAUGAUGUUCCCAGUGAUGAAGAUUCUUGAAGGUUACUUAUUUGUUGAUGGAGAAUCACAGAUAUGGAAGGGAAAUGCACUUCGUCUGUUCAUGGUAUUGGUAACUGGUUUAACGGUGCUACUUAUCCCAAACUUUGCCAAUUUGAUGGCGCUGGUCGGCGCAACUUGUUGUACCCUUUUAGCCUUUAUCUUGCCUGGCUUGUUCCAUAUGUCCAUCCACAAAGGGUCCUUGUCUAUAAAACAGGUGGUGAUUGAUUGGACUCUGAUAUUUAUUGGUGUUGUAGGGACCAUUGUAUGCACGGUUGAUGCACUGAAGCGUUUACAGGAGUCACACCAGUUAAAUAUAGAAGACUUUUCUGCAUCAAACAUGACGAGUACCACACUGCAGGCCAUUUUCAACCCCACAACCACAUCGACGCCCACACCAUAAUCAUUUAUCACACUUAGUCUUACAAUAUAUAUGUAUAUGUGGUUGUGUAAUGAAAAAAAAGCUAAAAGUUUACAGUGUACUUAAAAUGGGCAAUCACAAUUGUUUGUUCCAGGAACAGGUUCACAGAAAUCUGAACUGAUUGAAUUUGAUGUCUAAGUGUCCAUGAUUCAGCAGUUUUGUAUUGAGAAGCUGUAAUAA